AUGAUUCACGAAAUAAUUGUAAGCUUGAUAGGGCAAACAGGAGAUAUAAUUAUUUUAGUGGACAAAAAAAGGGAAAAAACGACAAAUGGAAGCAAUAUAAAUAUAGAUGAAUAUGGGUUUGAAGUAAAUAAUAACAUUCACAUAUUCCUUAAUUCAGAAAUAAAAAUAAUCAACGAGAUAGUGGAAUUAGGUUACUAUUUUUACAUAAUAAAUAUCUUUUGCUUGUUAGUUAAAAAGAAUACAAUUUAUAAAGAUUUAACACAUAUACACAAAUUUAAUAAAUUAAAUGCAGAAAAAAAGAGAAAAAAAAAAAGAAAAAAAAAAAGAGAUGAUUGUAUGAAUGAAAACUUACAAGGAGACGACAACAGCUCAAGUUAUGCUAGUUCGUCUUCCUUCAGUUCUUCUUCAGAUGAAUCCUCCUCAUAUGAUGAAGAAUCAGAAGACAGUAAUAAUUUAAGUAAUUCUUAUAAAAAAAGAAAGUUCGAAAAAAAGAAUGAAAUAAAUAAUUAUUUUGGUGUAAUAUUGAAAAAUAUAAAAAGCUUAAAUAAUGCAAGUCCCUACGGAUAUUAUGCUAAUGGUUUAUGCAAUGAAAUAAAUAAAUUUAUGAGAAGAUAUUUAAAAACAAUUAGUGAAAUAGAAGAAUAUAUAAAUAACAACAGUAACACACCAUUAACACAAAUACUAACAAUGCUAGAAAAAAAAAGAGAGGAAAUAAUAAUAAUAAUAAAUAUUAUAAAAAAUUAUUUAGAGUUUCAAAGAAAGGAAGAACAGAAUAUAGUGGAGGGAGAAAGUAGAAAUAAAACAAAAGAAAUUUUAGAUUUCUUGUAUGAAAAAUGUUUAAGUGGAAAUUCAAGAAUUAAGAAUAUUUAUCACAAAUAUUUUAAAAAUUUAGGAAAAAUAUUAUUGCAUCAAAUUUUUUCAUGGAUACUUUAUGGUCAAUUGUUAGAUCCAUAUUGUGAGUUUUUUAUUCAGAAAAGACAAUUUAUUUAUUCUGAUGAUAAGAAAGUAUUUUUGUCCCCUGAAGAAUUAUAUGAAAAUUUAACAUUAACUAAUGUGCAGAGUUUAAAUUUUGAAUGGAAUUAUUUAUUUUUUCAAUCACUCUCUAAUUUGCCAGAUUGUUGUAUAGAUAAAAUUACUGGUAGGAAAAUACUGUUUAUAGGAAAAUCAAUUCGAAUAUUAAUUAGAAGCAAUAAAUGGAAUACUAGUGAUAUCAUUAAAUUGUUUUCGAUUACUCAGAUAUUGUCCAAAGCGUUUGAUCAAACAUCCAGGAGGGGUUAUAAAAAAAGAGGGGACUAUUAUUAUAUAGAUACUACGGCUGUGAGUUAUGAAAAUGAUAUUAGUAGUCAGAGUCGUAUGAAUAAUGUAAGAAGUGUGAAUAAUAUAAACAACACGAUUAAAGAAAAUGAUGUAAAAAUUGCAAACGGAAUAAAUACAAUCACAAAUGAUUAUGUACCCCCAUUUAGCAUUUCAAGCUCUAGUGACUCUGAUAGUUCGUAUGAACAUUCAUCUGACACGCAAAAUGACUCUAUAAAUUUAUAUUGCAAAGAAAUAAUUGAUAUUACUAUCGAAAAGAUCAGAAGCAUAAUAGCUUAUAAAUUGUGGAAAUACAUAGUUAAAGAUAUAAAUUUAAUAAAAAUAUUUGACCUAUUUAAAGAUAUAUAUUUAUUAAAUAAUGGUGAUUUUUAUGAUUAUUUUUUAGAUAAAUCAUGGUCUCUAAUGCAUACACCUCCAAAUUCUAAAAAUGAAAUUCUUUUAAAAAUUUUAGCUUGGAAAAGUUCUUGUGUGUCAGUAGAAGAUUACUGUAAAUCGAAAUAUGAAAAUAAAAAAGAUAAAUUACUUUUAGAGAAAUAUGAAGACGCAUUAUUUACCGAAUGUACGAAUGAUGAAAAUGAAUAUAAUUUCUUUAAUAGCUCAAAUAGAUUUCAUUUUGAUGCAGAUAAUUCUGAAAAUAUUAUUUCCAAGUAUUUCUACCCAAGGAUAUCAUACAAGAAAUUUUCCUAUGAUUCAUUUGAAAGAGAAAAACAUGAUAAUUUAAUAUUAGGUGGUAUGAGCUAUAUAUAUGAUAAAAAAAUUGUGUUAAAUGAUUUUUUUAGAGGAAUACAAACUUUGUAUAAGAAAAAGUAUUAUGAUUAUGAUAACAUUUUUAGCGUAUGCAUAAACAAUUAUAGGCAACAAAUAUUAAGAGGGUUUAAACAUGGUUUUGAUUUUUCAGUUAAUUUUAAUAAUUUUUUUGACAACCAAUUUGUGCAUAAUGAAAAUAAAGAGGUGAAUGUGGAAGGAGUAGGUGUGAAAAGUGAUAAUACGAAUCAAAUACAAAAUGGAGAUAAUUUUCUUGUUGGUUGUUGUUUUGCCUUAGUUAUUCAUUCAAUGAAAAAUCCUUUGCUUUAUAAAACGGAUGUAUUAAGUCGUUCUUUGGGGUAUUGGGGAUCUUUAGGUGAUUGCCUAUCUGUUGAAAUAAAAGUAAAAUUUUAUGAAAAGAAAACUAGCGAACAGGAUAAAAUGUCUCAACUUAGUAUAAAUGCUAGUAUUGAGUAUGGAAAUAAUUUAAAUAGCGUAAUAUUAGGAGAUGUGGAAAUAGAAGUUUCUCUCUACAUAGGGGGAAAGGGUAUAUCAUCAUUCGUUCAUAAUAGCAACAGUUAUACUGUUGAUUAUACGAAAGAGUCUAUUUUGAAUAACAAGUUAUUAGCAGAUAAUAUAAAUCAAGAAAAGAUAUGGAUCUAUGAAAAUAUGAAGAAAGAUGAAAAUUAUUUUAAAAAGAGAAAUAUAAAUAAUGUAAAUAUAAUAGAUCAGGAUAAUUUAACGAAUGGAACCCCCCAAGGGAAUAGUAAUAAUAAUAAUGAUAAAGAGACGACAUUACCUGUGUUAAAAAUUCAGAGCAAUAAACAAAUUUUUCACGAUAUAAAUAAAAAUACAUUAACCAAAUUUCGUGUGAGAAUAAACUGCUUAAAACAUUCCUUUAGCGUAUAUAUACAGAAAUUAGAUGAAUACAACAUAAAUUUGAAUACUCCAAAAAAUAAAAUAAAACCAAUUAUUCAUAUAAGAGCUUUAGAUAUGACACAAGCCUUCACCUUAGAUAUUGGAAAUGGUUACAUAGGUUUUUAUACUUGCCCAAUAUUAUUUAAGCAUAAAUUGUUAAAAAAAAAAAGUAAGCUAAAUGAAUGGUUCAAAAGAUUUUAUAGUGACACAUUAAGUGCUGAUUCGACCAUUUACCAGGACUUUUUUAACAUGGGUAAUGAAAAAAAUAAAGAAGCCAUACAGAACGAGCUUAAAAAUAUAAAUAAAAUAAUCCUUUAUAGCAAGCGUAAUAACAACACGAAGGAUGAAUUUGCUACCCUUAAUACUCAGAAGAAAAAAAAAAAAAGCACUAAUGGUAGCGAUGAUUGUGGUGGUACUAGUAGGGACCUAUCGAAAAACGUACUUUUAUUUAGUUCCCAUGAUUGUUCAGUGGAAAUAUAUAAAUGGUUUCACCAAUCGUAUAAAUCACCCAUAGAAAUUCCCGAAGUUGAUGUAGACAAUGAAACAUUAAUAUUUUAUGAUAAGCAAAUAAAUAAAAAUAUAAAAAUUCAUAGUGGGUUGAAUUUAUGGAAUAACGUGGAAAUACAUUUUAAACUUACGUGGCCAAUUGCUUUAAUUAUUAAUACGAAUACUAUAUAUACGUAUAAUUCAAUUUUCCAAUUUUUGUUUCUUUUAGGUAGAAUUUAUUAUAAUUUGAAAAUUUUGUGUUAUCAUAAUAGGCAUUUAUAUAAAUAUUUAAAUUAUAAAAAGGGUGCCUUGUUAUUUUCUUAUUUGUUCUCUAUUAGGUAUAAAAUGCAAUUUUUCUUUUUUCAUUUGAUUAAAUAUUUACAAGAGGAUAUUAUUAAUUAUGAAUAUAGACAGAUGAUUACGCAAAUUCAUAAAUCAAAAGAUUUUGAAUAUACUAAAUCUAUUCACGAUUUGUACAUUUCUCAAGUAGCAACAAAAUGCUUUUUGCGUGUUCAAGAUAUAACCAUCCCUUUGAUGGAGUUAAUAGAUAUUUCUUUUAAAUUCUGUUAUUUUUUUCAAUGCUUGAUAGAAAACGAGUUGUUUACAGAUAUUCUAAAUUAUGAAAUAAAUGAAGAAGAGGAUAGAAAAAAAGGGGAUAUUAAUAAAAAUGUGGGAAAUGAUUCCACUGAUGAAAAUAUUAAUGAGAAUGAUAAUGAUUUAAAUCAAGUUAUUGAAAAAUUAUUACAGUAUAAUGAUAUAUUUAACGAAAAGUUAGCCUGCGUUUUGAACGAAAUGGUCAACGUAAGUGCUAACAGUAACCAUGCCUACCUUGUCCAUUUAUUGACCAUAAUAGACUUCAAUAACUACAUAACUAAAAUAAAGGAUUCUAUCAUAGGAAAGUCCAAAGGCGUAGGAGAAAAUAGUGAAGAUGAGAGAAGUAGUAAAAAUAUAAUUGCAAAAGGAGAGGAAUAUAAAAAUGAAAAUGAACACGUAAAUGAAUAUGAAAAUAAAAAUGAAGACGUAAAUGAAUAUGAAAAUAAAAAUGAAGACGGAAAUGAAUAUGAGAAUAAAAAUGAAUACGAAAAUGAAUAUGAAAAUAAAAAUGUGUGGCCACGGGAUAAACGUGCAGAAAAGGGUGCUAUAACUGGCAGGAAUAAUAUUCAUUUUAGCAAAAGAGAUGAUAACAAAAUGGAAUAUACAGAUAUAGAAAACAUGAAUAUUAGUGAUAACUAUUACGUUGACAAGAGAGAUAUUUACUCAGGAAACCUUCAAAAUGGUAAUAACAUUUCAAUAACUGGUAUGUCUCAUAACAUUUCAGAAAUAAACGAAUUAGGUAAUAGAAAUAAUAAUUUUUUAAAGAAAAGAAUAGUUAACAAAUUUAGCAAUUUGAUUUAUAAUAAUAAUUCUGAUGAAAAGGAAUACCAACAUGGAGAUGGAAUAAAUGAACAUGACCAAAAUAAUAUCUCAGUACAAAGUAACAAAAACAUCUUGAAUGGAAAUGUCAAUGUAGCAUAUGAAGAUAGCAGCUUCCGUAGAUAUAGCAAUAUAGAUAAUUAUGAUAAUAAUUAUCAGAGUAAUAUUAAUUACAACAGUGUUUACAACGAUAUUAUUUAUAAUGAUGCUAGUUAUAACCGUAGCCACCAGACCAAUAGCAUUUACAAUGAUAGCAACAACAAUAAUAACAGUUAUAACAGUUAUAACGGUUAUAGCAGCUAUAACAGUCAUAACAAAUAUAACAAUUAUAACAUUCUAAUUGACAAGUACUCAAAUAUAUUGAAUAGCUACAUGAAUAAUAGCAAUAAUAGUAACAAUAACAGUAAUUCAGUUUAUAACUCUAUCAAGAACUAUUCAAAUAAUUCCCAUAUGGAUUCGUAUAAUUCUGUAUUAGAUGCAUCCAAAUUAAAGCAUAUAAACCAUAUUUCUAAUAUACCAAAUGAAAACAAUAAUGUUAAUAAUUUUAGUAUGUAUAACAUAGAAAUAGGUUUAAACAAUAACAUAUUAAAUCAAGAAAAUAAUAUCACAGGAAAGAUUAAUAAUAUGAAGCUGAAAAUGGAUUUAAAUGAUAACAAAAGUACCUUUGAUCAAAAUCCUUUGGGUAUUAAUAAUAAAGAUACGGAAAACAAUAAAGGUAAUAAUAAUAAUGCAACAACUAAUUUAAAUAGCCUCAUUGAUUUAAAUCUUAAAAAGAACUUUAAUGUGCAAAAUUUAAUAGACAAUUACAAUUACAAUUACGAUAUCUCAUCUACUAAUAAUUCUUUUCACCCUUAUAAUAUGGAUAAAUAUAAAAGCAGCAAUAAUAAUAAAUCUCAGUUGUAUAACAUUCCCAAUAUGUCUAAUUAUGGCAAUAUUCCAUUAAAUAUUUAUCAAAAUGAAAACAAUAUAAGUGAAAUGGAAGGAGAUAUUGAUAGAGAAAAACACAAACAUAAUAAAUGA